UAAACUCGUAUUGUUCUGAGCAACCCAGGUUGUCUGUUACGGAUUAGCAUCAAAGCAAGUUAACAAAAUUUGGGUGCGUCCUGGAUUGACCCUUUUGCCCCCUCUCCCUCACCCUCCACUAACUCCUCCUUUUUGGUUUUUAUAAAGCACAUUCCCAAUAGAGGAGGGUCCCUACACAACACAACCCUUCAAUGACGUCCAUGGCCACUUUCUUCGCCCAAACCUCCUUCCCCUCCCACUCUCUCUCCAAAACCUUCGAUACCCAUUUCGCCCCUGCCCCGAAAGUCAACGUCUUUGUGAACUUCAGGGCGAGGAGGCACGUUGGGGUGCGAGUUUCGAACGCGCUGAUCGAACCAGAUGGAGGGAAGCUCGUGGAGCUUGUGGUGACGGAUUUUGAGAGGGAUUUGAAGAAGGGUGAGGCUCUUUCGUUGCCGAGGAUCAAGCUCUCAAGGAUUGACCUUGAGUGGGUCCAUGUCCUCAGCGAAGGAUGGGCCACACCCCUGAAAGGCUUCAUGAGAGAAGCCGAGUUCCUCCAAACGCUUCAUUUCAACUCGCUCCGACUCGAUGAUGGGUCGGUCGUGAACAUGUCAGUGCCCAUCGUGCUGGCUAUUGAUGAUGCGCAGAAGCAUCGGAUCGGGGAUAACAAAAAGGUUGCUCUUUUUGAUUCCAAGGGAGACCCCGUUGCAAUUCUCAAUAAUAUUGAGAUUUAUAAGCAUCCUAAAGAAGAAAGAAUAGCCCGAACUUGGGGAACCAUUGCCCCUGGCCUACCUUAUGUUGAACAAACUAUAACCAAUGCUGGAAAUUGGUUGAUUGGGGGUGACCUAGAGGUCAUUGAACCAAUUCAGUACAAUGAUGGACUUGAUCAUUUUCGUCUAUCUCCGGCACAACUCCGUGCAGAGUUCACAAGGCGCAAUGCGGAUGCUGUGUUUGCCUUCCAGCUCCGGAAUCCUGUUCACAAUGGCCAUGCUUUGCUAAUGACUGACACCCGAAAGCGCCUUCUUGAGAUGGGCUAUAAGAAUCCUGUCCUCUUGCUUCAUCCACUUGGAGGCUACACCAAAGCUGAUGAUGUCCCACUUGAUUGGCGAAUGAAGCAACAUGAGAAGGUACUUGAGGAUGGUGUUCUUGAUCCAGAGACAACUGUGGUAUCCAUAUUCCCAUCUCCCAUGCACUAUGCUGGACCCACGGAGGUGCAGUGGCAUGCAAAGGCUAGGAUCAAUGCAGGGGCUAACUUCUAUAUCGUUGGUCGUGACCCCGCAGGCAUGAGCCAUCCAGUUGAGAAAAGAGAUCUGUAUGAUGCUGACCAUGGAAAGAAAGUAUUGAGCAUGGCACCGGGACUAGAGCGUCUAAACAUUCUUCCUUUCAGGGUUGCUGCAUAUGACAAGACUCAGGGUAAAAUGGCAUUCUUUGACCCUUCAAGGCCUCAGGACUUCCUGUUCAUAUCAGGCACAAAGAUGCGCACACUGGCAAGGAACAAAGAAAGUCCUCCUGAUGGAUUUAUGUGCCCUGGUGGAUGGAAGGUGCUGGUUGAUUACUAUGAUAGCUUAGUACUCUCAAGCAACGGCAAAGUGCAGGAAGCUGUUCCAGCUUAAUCUUGUAUCAUAUCAUAAUGUAUAUAUCUCAUGAUUGGGAGAAACCUUAAGCUUAUGUAUUCUCCUGCUAAGACAUACUUCACGAGGAUCCUCUGGCCCAAUCUAAUAAUAAUAAUAAAUUAAAACUUUGGGGAGGCACAAGCACGGACACAUUGCCUCUCUCUGUAUGUAUGGCAUUUAGACAGCCUCUUGCACUUAUGGUGCAAUUGUGCAUGCCAACUCUCUGUAAUAUAAUGUGGUUGUGCUAAGGAUUUGGUUUGAUCAUUUUCGUUCUUUA